AUGACCGCCAUAGAUCAUCUUUUAUCUAUAAAAGAUGAUCGGUAUUUUUAUGGAAUCACAAUAGGUGUACUCAUAAUUGUGUGGUUAGAAAGAGAAGUAUCUGCGGGAAUCCAACAACGGAUUGGGCCUGAAUAUGCUAGCCCAUUGGGAAUUCUUCAAGCUUUAGCCGAUGGGACAAAACUACCUUUGAAAGAGAAUCUUCUUCCAUCUAGAGGAAAUACUCGGUUAUUCAGUAUUGGACCAUCUCUAGCAGUCAUAUCAAUUCUACUAAGUUAUUCAGUAAUUCCUUUUAGUUAUCAUCUUGUUUUAGCUAAUUUCAAUAUCGGUAUUUUUUUAUGGAUUGUCAUUUCAAGUAUUGCUCCUAUUGGACUUCUUAUGUCAGGAUAUGGAUCAAAUAAUAAAUAUUCCUUUUUAGGUGGUUUGCGAGCUGCUGCUCAAUCGAUUAGUUAUGAAAUAUCAUUAAUUUUAUGUGUUUUAUCAAUAUCUCUACGUGCAAUUUGUUAAAACAAAAACUCUUCUUUUCCCUAUGCUUUUCCUUCAAAAAAAAAAAAAAAAAUUAAUAGAUAUCUUCAUCUUUUUAUUCAUUUAUUUCUUCUUUAGGUUAAUAAAAUUAAUUAGGUAGUUAUAUAUGAGUGAAAGAAAACAACUUCGAAAUUUGCAGUAAAAGUGGGUUGAGUCUCAUUUCCUGUGUACAAGAGUUAAGGUUAAGCUGAAGUAAACAAACAUGGAAGAAGCCCUUUACCCCGAGAUUGGUUGAUUGGUUAUCCUGGCUUGAAGCGGACUCAAAGGAUCAAUCCUAUGGAGUUUUUACUAUUGUUUGUAUGUAUUACAAUACAAAUAUUACAAAA